GGCUGUCCACGGGUGUCGCCUCCGAGCGGCUCCUGGGGCCGGUGUCUCCUCCGGCGGUGCUGCCGUGCGAUCUUCAACGCGCGUGUCCGCCGGCUUCGUUCCGCUCCGGUGGGGUGGCGCCGCGGUGUUGGAAUCGCAUUCCGCGGGUCCAUGAGGGUUCGGCCGCUCUGAGGGAGCCCGAGUAGGGAAGGCCAAUUCCAGGAUGAAACGCAAAGCAUUUUUGCAGGUUGUGUCUAAAGAGUCAAUUGAAGACUUCCUGCGUUACACUCAGAAUCCUAAAAAUACACUUGAUCAUUUUGACUUGAAUGAGCUACUUCAAGAAUUUCCAAGAAAGCAAAAAGAAGUGCUAUGGCAGAGACUGACACAGCUAUUGACAGAGAGCCUGAUGGAGAACCCUGUGGAAACAUGGUACGGGAGUGGAGAUGAUAAAGGUGAUGAUGACAUGGAAGUUGAGAUAGUUCCAGAAAUGAAACAAACUGUAUCAGUGAUCCAAGGAGUGGUAGCUGUCGUUACUGCUUCCAUACCUGCAGUGGAUGAAAAUACGAACUACAAAGCUCUUGUAGAAUGCGUUUUUAUACUAAACGGUAUUCUUCCUCCAUUACCUGCAUCUGAAAAAAUCCUGCGUGACACCAUCCAAUGCAUGUGUCAAAUGUGGUGGGAGAAGGGACUGGAAGGGAAGGAGCAGCUGGGGAAGACUCUGUUUAUCAUUCUGCUGAGAAAAAGCCUGAAUAAAGCUGCUACGGGUGCAGAUAUAGUUCGUGUAUGGAAUCUACAUCAGGCAUUACUUUGUUUUGAUUAUGAUUCCGAUGAGAGUAAUGAAGUCAAAGACUUGUUGCUUCAGUGUUUUAUGAGUGUAAAACACAUUAAGAAAGAAGAGGGAAGAAGACUCUUGAGUUUUUUGUUCAGCUGGAAUGUAAACUUCAUUAAAAUGAUACAUGGAACCGUUAAAAAUCAAUUACAGUUCUUUCCAAGAUCCUUAAUGGAAUACAUUUCAGAAGUUUACUUCAGGGCUUGGAAGAAGGUGUCAAGAGAAUUCAUAGAGGUACUUGAAUAUAACUGCAUUCAGGAUUUCAUGCAUCAUGGAAUUCAUCUUCCCAGAAGUUCUUCUGUUCAUUCUAAAGUUAGAGAGAUGCUGAGUUAUUUUCAUAAACAAAGUAAAGUUCGUCAAGGAGUCGAAGAGAUGCUUUAUAGAUUGUAUCAGCCCAUCCUCUGGAGAGCACUGAAGGCCAGAAACUCAGAAGUUCGAGCAAAUGCAGCAUUUUUGUUUGUCGAUGCUUUCCCUAUUCGUGAUCCCAGUUUUACUGCUGAAGAGAUGGACAGUGAAAUUCAGAAACAGUUUGAAGAACUUUUUAGUCUCUUAGAAGAUCCUCAUCCAAUUGUCCGCUCUGCAGGGAUACUUGGAGUUACUCAGAUCGUAUCCAAAUACUGGGAGAUGAUUCCUCCAACAAUUCUUGCUGAUCUUUUAAAAAAGAUAACUGGAGAGCUGUCAUGUGAUGUAACAUCUGCUGAUGUUCGAUGCUCUGUUUUUAAAUGCCUACCAAUAAUUUUGGACAACAAACUAAGUCACCCACUCCUGGAACAACUCCUGCCUGCAACCAAACACAGUCUUCAUGACAAUUCUGAGAAAGUGCGAGUGGCUUUUGUGGAAAUGCUGCUCAAAGUGAAGGCUACCAAGGCUGCUAAGUUCUGGAAUAUCUGUCCCAUGGAGCAUCUCCUGUCCCGCCUUGAAGUUGAUUCGAGGCCGGUGUCCCGGCGCAUUGUGAACCUCCUGCUGAACUCCUUCUUCCCCACUACCCAGCCUGAGGAGGUGUGGUGUGAGCGCUGUGUCACUCUGAUCCAGAUGAACCCAGCAGCAGCCAGGAAGUUCUAUCAGUAUGCUUAUGAAUUUACUGGCCCCACCAAUAUAGCUAAAUUGAUGCUCACUAUUCGGCGCUGCUUGAAUGCCUGCAUCCAGAAAGCAAUGAAGGAGAGUCUUCAUGAUAGUGGGGAUGAUGAUGGUGAUGAUGAAGAACAUGGAAGUGAAAGGGAGAACAGCAGUGUUUUGGAUAAUGUGUUGUCAGUAAACGACGUGGCCAGCAUGGCAAGCUUGUUGGAGAUCACUGUAAUACUCUGGAGAAGUAUCCACAAAGCACUAGAUCACAAUGAAGAUGCCAAAGAUUAUGCUAUCAGGAAGUUUGCUUCUGUACUUCCUGAAUAUUUUAAAGUAUUUCGGGAUGAGCGGUGCAUGACUCCAUUGGUUAUUCUGGCAUCCUUUCUGCCCCCUGCUGCUAUUCCUACAUUCAGCUGUGGCGUGGUUUCCAGACUCAGAAAUAUUGACAGUGGAGCUAACCAAGGCAAAUAUUCUAUCCUGAUUGACUGCCUGUGCCGCUGGGGUCAAGUGGGGCACAUUAUGGAACUAGCCUGCGAUUGGCUGUCUGACUCACUCACCCCAACAAAGAAUACUAAAACAUCUGAGCGUCGAGUACGUAUCCACGUAACACAAGAAUCAAAGCCAGACUUAGCAAUUGACUACAUUGAGUAUUUAUUGACUCAUCCUGUCAAUCGUGGUUGCCUCCUUUCUGUUCCUAAAAAGAAACUGAAGAACCUUUUGAAAAUUCUUGGUGCUGCAAAGCGGGUUCUUGGCUCAAUUCUGAAAGGAACAGAUUCUGGUGUCUGGAAUCAAGCAACCAGCCUAAGAGCCUUCAGUCUCUUUUGCAGAUUGAGUAUUCAUCUUCAGCACAAGUUUUCUGAAGAAGGAGAAGAUUACCUUUCACUUCUGAAGGAGACAGGCGCUUGGAUAGAAAGUCAAGUUGUACCUUUUAUACUAGCAAGUGAUCAAGAGAAUGGCAUUUCAAAACACAGUGAUGUUUCUGAAUUAAUUAUCCAGGCCUACCUGACAGUGUGUAAAGAUGUCAUAAUGGUGGGCCUGGGAAAUGUCACAUUUCAAGUACACCUUUUAGAAAUGACUCUUCUGAUUAUGCAAACAGAGAGAGGUGGCUUUUGUGCUCCAGUGUUGCUGUGUACGCUAAAAGAAAUUAUUGAAGCUUCUUUAAAUCAGAAUACUGAGACAGAGGAAGUGACAAACCUUUUCCACACUCUACAGAACGUCUUUCAGAAAAUUUUAGAAUGUGUGGCACAUAGACUUAAGAAAGAACAGGAAGAAGGGAUUCAGUUGAUUCACUCUAUUCAGAUGCCUCUUGGAGAAUUCAUCCGUUCACUGCAGUGCUGGCAUUCCUUGUUCCCAGCAGUUCACCAGGGUGUACUCUCCACUCUCUUGGCUUCAAUAGUAGCAGAGAUAAAUUGUGUGCUACAGAAGGCUUCCAGUGAAGAAGACUUGACUAUGCCAAAGACUAUUUCAGACCUUCCCCCUCUUUCAAGCAGUUUAAUGGCUAUAAUUUUGAAGUCAGUUAAUGUUGUCAGGUCAAUUUUAAAUGAAUUAAUGGAGUACAUUCUCUCUGAAGGAAUUGAAGGAAUUUUUAGUCUAACAGCUACUGUCUGCAUUGUGAAUAUAAUUAAAGGUGGUAAGCACAAAACUUCACUUCUAAAGGAUAUUGCACCUGCCAUUCAAAGGAAAUUGAUAGUAUGCAAGGAUGCUGCCACAGGAGAAUUCAGCAGUGCUGAAAGAUUCCUGUAUGAAUCAUCUCUGAAAAUUUUGGAUGAGUUUUUGAAUCCUUGAGCACGCAGAAGCUUUUGUCAUGAAAAUUGAAAGAAGAUGUAUUGCUUUUUAAAAAACUUGUAUUGUAAACUUGUGAAUUGUUUAAGAUUGUUUUCUGUUAUUCUGUACAUUUAAAGCAAGCAAAAUGUAUAAAAAUGUAUAAAAGAAAUUAUGUAAUAGUAUAGAUUUUUCAACAGCUGCAAAGUUAUUAUUCUGUAUAAAAAUGUCUUCUUGGGGGGAGUGUAAAAACAGUAUUUUUGUAUCUUUGUUUUUGUAAAACAAAUAAAAUUGUAUCAUAGAUACUCUUGAGACUGAGGUCACUCAGUCCCUGGGAGAACUAGACCAUAUUUCUAAGGAUUGUGGAAAUGAGUCUUACUUGAAGAUAUGUGAGGGUCAAAAUGGUGAUUUGGAAUAGCCAUCAUGGCUUUACCAAGGGCAAACUCUGCCUUAUCAAUCUGAUUUCCUUCCCUUUUGUAGUAGAAGAGAGAGCACAGAAUGUCCUGUUUCCUAUCCUUGGUGAAGACUUUUACACAGUCUUGUAUCCUUAGAGCCAAACUGGAGGGAGAUGGGAUGGAGGGGUAGACUUGGAAGAUGAGUGGGAAACUGGCUGGACCAUCAGAGUGGAAGAAAAAUCUGCUGAGGGGUGAGAUUGCCACACUGGCAGCUGUGGCUGUGGCACUGCUGAGGGCAGGCCCUGCUGCCAGGGCUGAUUGGUGACAGGGUGAGCAGCAGCCUUGGAUUGAUGGCAGAUGACAGCAGCUGGGAGCCACAGCUGACACCGAGGAGCAUCUCCUGCUGUUCAGCAAAGACCUGGACCUGAUGGACAAAUCCUACACCAUUCAUGCAGGCACCUGCAUGAGGGCACCUUCUUGCUGCCUGCAGCUGCCUGAAGGAGGAUAAAGGACAGACAUUCCCCAGAGAUGAAUGGAGGAGAAUAUGAGCCUACAGAAACAACUUGAGCAAGAGUUUCCUGUUGGACAUGAAAAACAAUCGUUAUGAGAGUGAAUUUGAACUGGAAGAGGUUACUCAGAAAAUCUGUGGAACACCCAUCCUUGGAGAUGUGCAGAACUUGGCUGACAAGGAGGACUCUGACCUUCCAUGGUAUCCCAGCUUUGGACUUAACCCUGCUGAGCUGGGGAUUGGAUCAGAUUCUCCCUGAACUUCCUCAUGAUUUGAAUAUUCAGGUGAUUCAGUACCCACUACACUAGGGGAAAGUGUCUUAACUAUUAAAUACAUAUUUAAGUAAUAUAUAAAUUAUUUUAUAUUUAGCUAUUUUUAAAAAAUUUGGCUAUUUUGAUAAGUUAGUACUAAUGAUGCAGAUAAUGCAGGCAUCUAAGCCACUUAUUUAAUUUUCUUCAUGCUCUCCGAAGACUAAAACAGACUCUUCAUUCUUGAUUAAGAUUUGUGCAAAGCUGUACCUCCCAUCUGUUUAAAGAAUGCUGAUUGCACAAUGUUAUUUUGCCUUAAUGGCAAUACCUGUAAAUUACCUGUCUGAGCUCAUGGGGUGGUUCAAGCCCAGCCAGCAGCCAGGCACCACCUCAGUGCCUCCUCCCCUUCAGACAUGGGGGCAGGACUGAAAGGGUACAAAUCAAAAAGAAACAGUUGAAUAAUUAGGAAAAUUUUUCUAAUUGUGAGGAAAAGAGAUAAAAAGAGAGGGAAAUAAAACCACCCAGCCAGUCCCUAGGCAGUGUCCUCCUCACAACCUCUCCCCAGUUUAUUGCUGAGCGUGGUGCCAUGUGGUAUGACAUCCCUUUGGUCACUUGGGGUCCCCUCCAUACUCCUGAUGCACUCCCAGCCUCCUUAGGGGUGGGGUGAGACACAGAGAGGCCAUGAUGUUGUGCAAGCCCUGCUCAGCAGUAGCUGAAACAUCCUUGUGUUAUCAGCAUACAUCCAAACCACAGCCCUAUGCCAGCUACUGUGAAGGAAUUUCUCUCAGCUAGAACCACACCUCCUGAUGCUUUAGUUUUGUCUGGUUUAGGAGAUUUGAUAGAAAUCUCAAAAAAACUAUUCAGCUACAGACCAAAGUCGCAUCCUCCAGCUUAGACCUGGAGACCUGGACAAGUAGCACUUGGUUGUCUACAGUUAAGUGAAGUGAUUCUCAGGGUGGGCCUGUGCAAAUGGCUAUUGAGUCUCCAAUGCUGCUUGAGUGGCACUGACACUAGAGUUAACCAAUUUGGCCAAAUUGAGAUGGACUCUUCACUCUUGAUUAAGAUUCGUGCAAAGCUGUACCUCCCAUCUGUCUAAACAGGCAUCUACGCUGCUGGUUUUCUUUCUGUGGUAAGAGACUAAGGUUUUUCUCAAUAUCUGCUGUCAGUGCAAACAUCAGAGCCAUAGUUGCCCUCGGUACAUAAAACUUCCCUACUAGAUAAAAGCUGUUUUUAGCUGGAAUGUUGAUAUUUGAAAGCAAUGCAGUUCUUAAUAAACAACCUGCAAGCUUUGCAAAAGGAUAGACAGUGUGUGCAUGGAUUCAUAGAUUCCAGGUUUACCUCAUCCACAGCAGUGGCCUGACCAAAGGAACUAAUGCUGCCCCAGCAGGUAGCUGCAGAUCUGCCAACUGUUUAUCUCUCAACAUCUUUAUAAAAACUGUGUUCUUUGGCCUGCAUUCUUCUACAUCUGUUAACAGGCAGGUGUUCCGGUAAUGACCUUUUAAAUCUUCUGAUUAUACAAAUUACUCAAUGAAUAUGUAAAUAAGUUUCUUUUUUCUGCUUCUCAGUCUCUCAGUAUUUGCUCAUAUCAUUAGAUUAGAAAAGAAUCCAAAUUUACUGCCUUGUUUUUCUUCAGUAUAUAAUUUUGCUUUUUUCAUGGAGUUCAUGGUACAGAUGCAAUAGCCCUAUGCCUGAAGGAAAUAAAGGUCAUUCCAUCAACAUCAGAAAUAUGUGGAUUUCCUUUGAAGAGCUCAGAGGUGAUACUGCUAGGAAAGGUAAAAAAUUUAAAGAAAAACCUUUGUCUUCCUGGUGGUUGGUACUCAAGUGGUUCUUAAGAGGGUUGAAAUAAUUUUCUGUUAGCCCUGCAGCUGGUGAACAUAUUUCAGCUCAAUUUCUAGUGUGGCUCUACUAAACUGCUCUGCCAUGAAAAAAUGUUGUAUUUCUGCAACACAAAUAAUGGUGUUGGGAUUCCUUGAGCCAAGGUCUGUCAGGGCUUUCUCCUUAGGCCUUUGUGGCAAAUUUCACAAGAAUAUCGAAGGAGUUCUAUGUUUCAUUUGCUGUUCUCAUUCCAAACUUUAUUCUUGCAAAGAUUUAAAUCUACAUUUUCCUUAUGUUUGAAAGAUCCAAAUAAAUAGGACAUUUCUUGCUGUUAUCUUUUGUAAACCUGUAAAACAGAUUUGCUUCAUCUUAUUAAUCAAAAGUGCUGUUGGGGAAGAGGUGUUGUUCUUUUGGUAUGUUUGAAAACUUCCCUUAGUCUUGAGACAGCCCCUUUGAGAUCCAUUCAGCUUUUUGAAGAAGUUGAACCUGAUUUUGAUUAAUAAAAGUGCUUGAAAAAUGAGCAAGAAAACACCAGUCUAUGGCACUCCUUUGGGCAACUGGCACUGGCAGGUGCUGCCUGCAGAAGAAACUUUCUGGUCACAGUUGUACCUGUGAGUGCCAUAUCUGGAGCUCUUCCCUUUGUGAAUAUGCAUUCAGGAACAAUGAGACUGGAGAAAGCAAUAACUUUAAACUACUUUCAGUAAUCAAUGUUUGUAAUGCCAAUGUUCAUUUACUUUGUUGUCUGGAUGGAUCUGCCACCUAUCACAGCUUCAACUUGUGAGCUAAAGAAAAAACAGAAAUUCUCAAGCUUCUUCCUUAGCAAAUAAAUGUUGAGAUAUAAAAUCCAAGCAUACAAACCUUUAGAAUAGCCAGGGAAGUUAAAAAAAACUCACCUUGUACCUGUUGUUUACUCAGUGAGAGCUGCAACUCACUUUAUAUUUAAACUCCCAUGUGCUGCUGCUCUCAAGUGUUCUGAGGUCUUCUGACUUUGAGGGCAAUCAGACUAAUUUUGACAAAAUCUUUUACCUUACUUGAAAGAUGCUUAGUGAAGGACACUCCUGAUAAUGGCUGUGAUGUGAAAUCAUGACACACAUGAACAGCAGUGUGAACUGAUGAACUGGGGACACAGAACUUUGCAUAUUCUUUGGUGAUCUGCUCCAGUGUGUCGCAAACCAAGACCAUUGCAGAGUCCAGGCAUGCCUGUGCCAGGAGCCCCUGUUGUGGCAGCUGCUCAUGUCCAAGAGAAGAGCAUGGCUUACUACUGGCACCUUCCCAAGCAGCUGGCCAAGGGCAGCUUUCAGGAACAGCUGCAGAACUUUCCACGGGAGGCCAGCAGUUCUUCAGGUUCAUUAAACCCUUGCAGAUAGACACAGGUCUUGCCUAAUCUGCUCUGGAUAUGAAUUCUUGGUUCUGGACUCUGUGUGGCUGCUUGUCUGAGCAUGACCUGAGGCACAGCCCCAGGCUUCCAGCAGUGCUGUAGCUUUGUCUUUCAUUUACUCUGCAGUCUCUGGGGGUUUUUCACUUGGCUGGAGUGUUCAGCAUAGAUGUGUUCUGGGUCUUCUCUAAUCACCUUCCACUCUCUCCAGUUCUGCAUCAUGGUUGUAGCAAAGUUGUAGAAAUGAUAUGCUGUAGCACUGAGGAAAUUUCAUUCUCUAUUGUAUCUGUCACCACUCUUUGAAAAGUGUGGUAGUAGGAGUUCUGUUAAUUUUAUUUUGUUACUGCUCAUGACUAGUACACAGAAACUGUUACCAGUCUUUUUCUCUUGUGUCAUUCUUUUUAACCAGAGGACCACUUUUUCUUAGCAAAACAACUUGGUUCUCAAACACAUGACUUGACAAUUGUUUAUUUCAUGGUGCUUACAUUACUUAAGAUGUCACUUUACUAGUUUCUCCCUAUGUAAAAUUCUGGUAUUUCGUUUCAUAUUCUGUCAAUUUGUCCCAAUUUCAAAUAUAUGUUCAAACUUCAUUA